GGUUAUUCUGUGAUUCAGCCGAAGUGCAUACCGCUCUGUUCUGUUUUCCUCUUCUUCGAUACGAAAUUUUCCCCACCGCCGCCGCCUAGGUCAUAUCCUACCGCCGCCGGCCACCAUGGAGCAUGCCCCAUCCGCUGCUGGACGCCCCAAUCCAGAGCAACAUAGAGGGCUAUCGCGUGUGCGACGAAAGUUUGCUCAGAGCCGGCACAAGCUGUUGGCAUCCCCAUGGGAGCGGAGACGAACCUCUCGUCGCCGCAGCUAGAUCCGACCAAGUCGCGGGAGUCGGUGACCCUACUCAACGACGAUCAGAACUGGAUGUCGGCGUUGCGGGAGUCUGUGUCGUUCGGGCGGUUCCUAUCCGAGCCACUCGAGUGGGAUACCACGGGGCAUGUCUCGCCGGCAACGAUGGCGCACGUCCGAUCACCUCCGACAGCUGAGUUUGAUCUGCCGCUACAUGCCGCGGCGUUCAGACCUCAAUCUGCGUCCUCCAACUGCAGUGCUGCGCACAUUGGAAGUUCUGGACCAGCCCAGAGUUGUAAUCCAUGCUUGCCCGCGGCUCGUUCGUCACUAAGUGCAACACAUAUUGGAAAAGCCGAUCUCUAUAUGUUUUCUAACAAGAGAACAAUGACAUGGAGGGCGAGUAACAGACCUUUCGUACUCGGCACACUGAACUCAGUACAUGUGCGAUUGUCGACUGCUACUUUCUUGAUUAACUACAUAGCAAAAGUGGAAAGAAGAAAAAGAGGUCAAGAAACAACAAAAUUGAUCAGGAGAAUUAGAUGGUGCAACAGACAUGCAGGUUAUUUGGCGUCACAGAAGUGUUUACGGUUUCACAUAUUUAAUGUUGUACGAUCUUUUGAGAGGGUUUAUUAGGUUGUUGUAAUUCUUGAUGUUAUCAUGUAGGUGUGCAUUUCUGCCCAGCAUAGGAUGGCGUACAAGGAGAAUAUGGAGUCACCAAGUGAUCUGUAGUGAAGCUGUUUGGUUUAAUUAUGUAAAUUAGUGAACUAAGUAAUACGCUUGUAAAUAUAUGUAUAUUAAGGUCAUGUUAAUUCCUA